AUGGUUGUCAUUUUAUGUUUGGACAACCCAUAUUAUGGAAUAGGGAAAGGUUAUCAGCUUUCAUCACAUAAAACCUGUAAGAAAACCGUAAAAUAUCUAUCUAUCUAUCUAUCUAUCUAUCUAUCUAUCUAUCUAUCUAUCUAUCUAUCUAUCUAUCAUUAUUUUCCUAUUUAUCCAUCAAUCAGCUCAAUACAUUACUAUCUAUCUAUCUAUCUAUCUAUCUAUCUAUCUAUCUAUCUAUCUAUCUAUCCCUCUUAUUUGUUUUUUUUAUUAAUUUCUUCGUUCCUUCUUUUUAAAUUUAAGUCAUUGAACUUUUUAUCUAUCUAUCUAUCUAUCUAUCUAUCUAUCUAUCUAUCUAUCUAUCUAUCUAUCUAUCUGUUGGUUGUUACCGUUGAUAGGAAUCUAUCUAUCUAUCUAUCUAUCUAUCUAUCUAUCUAUCUAUCUAUCUUCGUCUAUAACACAACACUUAUUUUCUCGGGUUUUUAUUUUCAUUCAUAUGUGCCUUAA